AUGAAUGAGCAGAUCGGACGACCCUCGCAGUCCCGUGAAGGUAGAUGGAGGGAAGUUAUUGAUGACGGCAUCGCUUUUGUGGACCCAUCUUUCUACGUUGGAAGGUCAAUAUCAAUAUUGACAGAUCUUGAUAAAAAGUAUAAUCAUCUAAAAGAGUUGGAAGGGGAGGAAGAGAGGCUUGAGCUUGUGAAGGGUGAUAUUCUCGACCCUGACAGUUUGAUACAAGCUAUCAAAGGGUGCAAAGGAGUCUUUCACAUGGCUUGCCCUAUCAUUGAAGAUCAGGCACAAGUGUUGCAGGCGGCUGUGAAGGGCACUCUAAACGUGUUGAAGGCCUGCAAUGAAUUGGGAGUGAAGGGUGUAAUCCUUAUGUCUAGCAUAGGCACCAUUUACCUCGACCUCAAAAGGAAUCCGCAAGCUAUAGGUGAGGAAGACUACUGGAGCAACCUUGAUUACUGCAUUGAAACCAAGGUCAAAAACUAA